AUGCAUCGACGCGCGCCUUCUGAACCUUCGGGAGAACGACGACGGGUAGCUCAGGCGUGCAAACCAUGCAAUACAUCUAAGCUUCGAUGUGAUGGACAGCGACCAUGCGACCGGUGUCGUCGAUAUGGGGAUGAAUGCUACUAUGAGGACCGCCAGAAACGUCGGACGACUGGCCGCACCCCCGCUUCCAAACGGCACCAGCCACAAGCUCCAGGCUUUGAGGAUUCUAGGCCAUCGCACUCCUAUCCAGAGGGCUGCCUCCAGUCAACCGGGAAUCCCUCUCCACCCCUCACGACGGUCGAUCAGGUAGCUGCCUUGAGGGUCGAAGAUUUGCCGCCGUCCGAAGUUCCGACGAACGUGCCUAACCUCGAUGGUUAUGUGGUGGGCGGGGCAGAGCAAGUGCCGACUCAGGGCACAGCCCUGAACGAUGAACGGCCUUCCAACCUCAGAUUCCUAAAAUGGGAGAAUCUGCUCGACCUAGAUCUGGAUAUAGGGGCUGGUCUAGAUUCCUCCGUCUGGCCAAACCUUUUAGAUUCACGAUCGUCCAUGGACUAUUUCGACAACAUUUGGCUAGCUUCUACCGAGCCAAACAUAGGUCCAAAUCCUAUUCCAGAAACCUCCCAAAUGCCUACUCCUUUGACACCCGCCACUAUGGCUGAGAUCUAUAAUCGAGCUUGUUCACCAGAUCCCAGCGAUGAAGCCGUUGAGCCACGACAAUACCACCCAACUGCGAUCGAGAUCGAUGCGCAGCUGACGUUUCCAGACAUGCAGCAGAUCAGUAUGAAGGACGUGGACCAAGAAGACCUAGCCCAUGUCCAUGAAAUUCAGCAGGAUGUUGUGGAUGAGGUGGUUAAACUGGCCACAGUCCUAGAAUCGAAAUCCCUCUUCCCACCGUUCGUGAAGCUAAAUAUUCCGCCUGCACCUAUCAUCAACGCUUGGACACAACUUUAUUUUGAACAUUUCCAUCCUGUCUUUCCCGUGCUUAACAAGCCUACAUUUGGAUACCCUAGUACGCAUUGGCUACUAGUGUUUGCUGUCAGUGCUAUCGGAGCCCAAUUUUCCCAGAUGCCGCAAGCCCGAACUUGUGCGAGGGCCAUGCACGAGAUGAUCCGUCGACAGUCUAUGUAUCUGGUAAGUCCCCUUUUCUAUUGA